AAUAUUACAGUACAACAUCACCCACUAUUACUGUGAAAUAUUGUUUCAUUACCACGCCAAUGUUGGUUUGUCUAGGCUCAUACAUGGUGGAGUUAGAGGAUGAACCGGAACUACAUUUUAUCCAGACCUUGAUAGCAGACUCAGGCGAGCAGUUCUGGGUUGGGCUUGAUUACUUCCUCUGGCACACCAACAGACAUGAACCCACACCCGCCAUGUGGCUGCCCACCGAGCCCAACGAGACCGGGUUCUGUGUCCGACUGGCCACCGAAGCACUGACCGGAGCCAAUGCUAGAGGCACCACCUAUCUGUUAGGCGAUCAUCCAUGCACACAUGACUACAAAGUAAUCUGUGAGAAAAACGCAGGUACUCGAUGGUACACGAUAGUUCCGGCCACCAACCGGUGUCGCAUGACGCCAUACAUCGCCAGGUCGAGGCUGAGUUGUGCCAGAAACUGUUCCAAGAACCAAGCCUGCACCGGUUUUGAGUUCAACAUGGGAACCCGAGUGUGCACGCGCUACAAGUUCUCCACAAGUUGUCCCACGUCAUUAAGUUCCCAUGUGUCCAUGUAUGUUAUGUUGUACCCCAGAUGUUGA